CUUCCGUAGAAAAUAGCGCACGCGCAGUGCUCAUUUAUGCGGAAGUGUGGAUCUUCAGUAUAGUGAAAGUUAUCAUUUGUGUACCUCGAUGACACGAUGAAAGGCAGAUUCAACACAGUGGACAUUAGGGCAGUGAUUUCCGAGCUCAAUGCCAAGUAUGUGGGGAUGCGAGUGUACAAUGUCUACGACAUUGACAGCAAGACCUAUCUCAUUCGCCUACAGAAGCCAGACAGCAAAGCCGUCUUGUUGAUUGAGUCUGGUAUAAGGAUUCACUCCACAGACUUCGAGUGGCCCAAAAAUGUGAUGCCCUCUGGCUUUGCUAUGAAAUGCAGAAAACACCUUAAGUCCAGGAGAUUGGUACAUAUAACACAACUCGGUGUGGACAGGAUUGUGGACCUUCAGUUUGGCUCUGAAGAGGCGGCAUACCACCUUAUAGUUGAGUUGUAUGAUAGGGGGAACAUAAUUCUGACAGAUCAUGAGUAUACCAUCCUGAAUCUGCUGCGUUUUCGAACAGCUGAGGCAGAGGAUGUCAAAAUUGCAGUGAGAGAAAGAUACCCCAUAGAGAAUGCCAGGCCUUCUGAACCCCUUAUCAGCCUGGAGAGGCUUAAAGAUAUUUUAUCCAAAGCUCAGACUGGGGAGCAAAUAAAAAGGAUUCUAAAUCCCCACCUUUCAUAUGGAGGCACUCUAAUCGAACACUGCCUGAUAGAGAUUGGUUUUCCUGGUCUUUUAAAAAUGGACUGUCGAUUUAACAUGACAGAAGAUGGGCCAAAACUUCUGGAGGCAUUGAAAUUGGCAGAGAGCUGUAUGGAGAAAGCAGCAAACUUCAACGGAAAGGGUUACAUCAUUCAGAAAACUGAAAAAAAGCCAAGCAUGACACCAGACAAACCACAUGAACAGUUUCUCACGUAUGAAGAAUUUCACCCAUUUUUAUUUUCCCAACACUCAAAGAGCCCAUAUCUUGAGUUUGAGUCUUUUGAUAAGGCUGUUGAUGAGUUUUUCUCCAAGAUGGAGAGUCAGAAGAUUGACUUGAAAGCACUUCAGCAGGAGAAACAAGCUCUGAAAAAGCUUGAGAAUGUGAGAAAGGAUCAUGAACAACGGUUGGAGGCUCUACACCAGGCUCAGGAGGUGGAUCGUUUGAAGGGCGAAUUGUUGGAAAUGAAUCUUCCCAUUGUAGACCGAGCUAUUCAGGUGGUGCGCAGUGCUCUGGCUAAUCAGGUGGACUGGGCUGAGAUCAGCCUAAUUGUUAAAGAAGCUCAAGCAGCCGGAGAUCCUGUGGCAUGUGCAAUAAAAGAUCUGAAAUUGCAAACGAACCACAUCACUAUGCUACUGAGGAACCCAUACAUUGGUUUAGAGGAAGGUGAGGAAGAGAAAGUAGUUUCAGAAGAUACUAAUGAAGGGUCUGAGCAGGCAAUGGAGAAGAAAAAUAAGAAUAAAGACAAAGGACAGAAGGGCAAGGUACAGAAGAAUAAACCCAUACUGGUGGAUGUGGACCUUGGUUUGUCUGCUUAUGCCAAUUCAAAAAAAUAUUAUGACCACAAGCGGAAUGCUGCCAAAAAGGAGCAGAAAACAGUUGAGGCUGCAGAGAAGGCUUAUAAGUCUGCUGAGAAAAAGACCAAGCAAACCCUUAAAGAAGUCCAGACAGUGACAACAAUUCAAAAAGCCAGAAAAGUCUUCUGGUUUGAAAAGUUCCUGUGGUUCAUUAGUUCAGAGAACUACCUCAUUAUUGCUGGACGGGACCAGCAGCAGAAUGAGAUGAUAGUUAAACGUUACUUGCGACCAGGGGACAUCUACAUCCAUGCUGAUCUUCAUGGAGCUACAAGCUGUGUCAUCAAGAAUCCAUCUGGUGAGCUUGUUCCCCCACGCACACUAACUGAGGCUGGAACAAUGGCUGUGUGCUACAGCGCUGCUUGGGAUGCCAAAGUCAUCACAAGUGCUUGGUGGGUCCAUCAUAACCAGGUGUCCAAAACUGCUCCAACAGGAGAGUACUUAACAACAGGAAGCUUCAUGAUUAGAGGGAAGAAGAAUUACUUACCUCCCUCUUAUCUUAUAAUGGGGUUUGGUUUUCUCUUCAAAGUGGAUGAGCAGAGUGUGUUUAGACACCGGGGAGAGAGGAAGGUUAAAACUCUGGAAGAGGACAUGGAAGACAUCAGCUCUAGAACUGCAGAGCUUUUAGAAGAGGGAGAGGAGCUGCUGGUCAGCACUAUGUUUCUCCCAGGAGAAGACAGUGCAAAUGAAGUAGAGGCUGAUGGAGACGACAUGUUAGAGGAGGACGGCACAAUGGAAGAAGGACAUGAAGAAAUGCUGCAAAAAGUGGAAGCAGAAGAGAACAUGGAAGCUAAUGAAGAGCAGUCAAGUGAAAUCCAGUUUGAGACAUUGAACCAGGAGGAAGAGGAGGAGGAGAAGGAGGUGUGCGAACAGAAAGGAGAAAAGGAGACUGAUGAAGGGACUAAGAGUGAGGAGGAUAGUACUGACAUCAGUUUUCCAGACACCACAAUCAUACUCACACACCUUCAGUCCAACAGGGGAAUGACCAAUGCUGGUUUCAAACAAGAAGUUGCAACACGGGAAAACACAGUACCACAAGGGAAAAAGUACAUGAGUGCAAAGCAGAGAAGGGAUAUAAAAAAGAAGCAGAAACAGGGAAGCAGUGAACAUCCAGAAGAAGAUGAGAUGAAAAAAGAGGAGAUCCAAAGUUCUUCUGCAACCAGUCCUAAGUGUGGAGGAGCUGCUCAGCCGCGGAAGAGAGGACAAAAGAACAAGCUGAAGAAAAUCAAGGACAAAUACAAAGACCAAGAUGAGGAAGAUCGUGAGCUAAUGAUGAAGUUACUUGGGUCUGCAGGCUCCAAUAAAGAAGAGAAAGGGAAGAAAGGAAUGAAGGGGAAAGAAGACCUCAGAAAGCGAGCACCUCAGAAACUUGCUCAAAAGCCCAGAGCAGUAAAGAAAGCUGAACAGCUGGGGACUGAUGUCAAUCAAGCAGGACAAUACAGCACAGAACAGGAUGACAAAGAUGCUGAUGAUAUGGAUCAGGAGAAUCCUGGAGCAGAGGAAUAUGAAAAUUUCCUUGACUCUCUCACUGGUCAGCCACAUUCAGAUGAUAUGCUGCUGUUUGCAGUGCCUGUGUGUGCACCAUACACAGCUCUCUCCACUUUCAAGCACAAAGUAAAAUUGACUCCGGGGACCCAGAAGAAAGGAAAGGCUGCCCGGACUGCUGUGUUCAGCUUCAUGCAUGCUAAAGAAACCAGUGCCAGAGAGAAAGAUCUGUUCCGCAGUGUGAAGGACACUGAUCUAUCAAGAAACAUGCCCGGCAAAGUAAAAGUAUCUGCUCCAAACCUUUUGGCAGCAAAGAAGAAGUAAAUGUAUGGAACACUACUUUGGUUGCAUAUAAUAUUCAGCAGAAUAAAAAAAAAAAGUGAAAUCUUGGAUGGUUCAUCUCCUGUAAAUGCUUGCUUUGGAGCCUGAACAUUAAGUGUUUUAAAAACUUGUUAAAUUGUAACAAAUAAAACAAUUUUCACUCCUUUACAGUU